CCCCAGUUCUCACAGCGCUUCCGGUGUUUACAUGCUCCGAUUCAAGAGGAAUGGAAUUGAUAGAGUGCAUCUGAAAUCGCAAUAUACACUAAAUGUAUGCUUUUAAAUAUUAUUUUCUUGAGCAUUUAAAGUGUCGCACUGUGCUUUUGUGUUUCCCUGAAGAAUCUCAAUAUGGAUAACCGCUGUUACGGCUGUGCAUCAAAGUUCACUCUCUUCAGAAAAGAGUUGGGUUGUAGAAACUGUGGCCAUUCUUUCUGCUCUGGAUGUCUGACAUUCAAUGUUGUGGUGCCAAAAUAUGGAAACAGCCAGCAGAAAGUCUGCAAACAGUGUUAUGGGAACUUAACCAGUUCAGGCAAGCAGACUGAUGCUGGCAGGUGGUCUCCACCUGAAAACUACAAAAAGCGAUUUGCUGCUCUUGAAGCCAAACAAGCUCCGCAGAAUCAGCCCUCCAGACCUGCGGGAGCGAAAAGCAGCUCUGUGAGUCUGAUUUCUACCAGAGGACUCAGUAAAGAGGACCAGAUCAUCGCAGAACGACUCAACAAGCUGAAAGAGGAACCCAAGCCAAAGUCCAUACCGUCAGAGAAGGAGCUGGAGUCUCGUCUCGCUGCCUUAAAGUCCCCGCUUCAGCCCGUGCCGUCUGCUAAAGGCAUGGAGGAGCGUCUGGCUGCCCUACAGGGACGACCGUCGCCCUCUCAAGCCCCACAGCCUGUUCAUCAGCCGCCCGACAGCAGGACUCAGACAGAACAGACCAAUGAUUUGAUCGCCCAGAUGACAGAAGAACUUGCUAUUGAUAACCAGCAUCCAUCUUCAGAGGACGUACCGUUAAACGAUCUUAAUAAACAAGAAGGCGGGGGUGUGAAUGAGAACGAGGAUGAGGGCGAGCUGUCAGUCAAACAGCUGGAGGCGGAGAAGAGCCGUGUGCUGGAGGAGGCCAUGCAGGAGCUGAAGAAAGACAAACACAACCAGCAGCAGAUGCUGGAGAUGGCCAAGAGACUGGCUUUACUGCAGGGACGGGAUCCUGAGCAGGUCGGACCGUCAGAUUUCCAGCAGCCUGACAGUGAUGAGGAGACGGAGGAAGAGGCCAUCAGCAGUGUGAUGAAGCAGUUAUCAGAGGAAGCAGCUCUAGAUGAGGCCAGCGGCUACAACAUCCCACCAGAGCUCAGCGGCCCGAUGAACAGAGAGAAGGACACGUCCAGAAGGAAACCGCUCUCAGCGCCGCGGUCUAAAUCAAAGCCGGCAGCUGCUGUCUCACAGAUCCGGCGCUUAGACGAUGGAGAUUGUGAUGAGGAUGAGGAUGAUGAAGAGCUGCCGUGGUGCUGCAUCUGUAAUCAGGACGCUAUCAUUCGCUGCCACACAUGUGAGCGGGAUCUGUACUGCGCCCGCUGCUUUAGGGAAGGACACGACACAUACGACAGAAAAGAGCAUCGCACUUCCUCAUAUACGGCCCCUAAGAAAGGCAAGAAGAAAACCUGAAACCUCCAUGAGCAGCCUUAUGCUUGAGUAGAAGCUGUUCUGAGCAGCAUUUCCAUGUUGUGAUGAAUAAUUGAAAGGCGAGUAUUGAGGGUGAGAGCGCUGCCAGAGACGUGUGACAGGAAGUGUUUGAGAGCCAUAUACUGACAUUUAAGACGCUACAGGACUCUGUCGUCUUGUACUUACUGUGUUUUUGUGGCUGAUUUAUUUGUUGGCAUCAGCUUUGGCAGAGAUAACAAAAAGACAAAAUUAAAAUAA